GAUCCUUUAACACGUGAUCUGUCUGACGUCAUACGAGGAAGUAAACAAAGAGCCGAAGGUUACUGAUUAUUCUUUAUCUGCGUCAAAAUGUCGAUUUCUAAUCCGAGGCAAGUGUUUUCAAACCUGUUGAUCCCUUUCGCUGGUACAAUUCUGGGCGGUUUGUUGCCAGGGGAGAUGGUUCUGAUCCAAGGUUCGGUACCAUCUGGUGCUGACAGGUUUCAGGUGGACCUAACAUGUGGCAGCAGCGUGCAGCCGCGGGCCGACGUGGCGUUUCACUUCAACCCAAGGAUCAAGAAGUCGUGCAUCGUCUGCAACACGAUGGAGAAGGAGCGGUGGGGCAAGGAGGAGAUCCUGUAUCAGAUGCCUUUAAAAGUUGGACCCGGGUUUGAACUCAUCAUCCUGGUCCUGAAGGACAAGUACAAGGUUGCUGUGAACGGAGCACAUGUGUUGGAGUACAAACACCGUGUGGAUCUGGACCGAGUUGACACCAUAAGCAUCGCUGGGAAAGUCAACGUUCAGACUGUGGCUGUCCUGCCUCCCGAUUCUAGUCCCGUUUCUCCUGCUGCCAUUCAGACCAGUCUGAAUAGUUCAGACGCAGAGGCGAUACUCUCGUCAUUAGGUGAUCUGAAAGUUCCCUUCAGAGGUCGGCUGGACAAAGGGCUGAAGGUCGGACACAGCAUCAUCAUCAAAGGACAAACCAGUCAGAAUGCAAACAGUUUUGGUGUUAAUCUGCGAGAUGUGAGUGGCCACAACAUCGUUCUUCAUCUGAAUCCCCGUCUGAAGAAACAGGUCUUCGUCAGGAACUCCUUCCUGUUUGAGUGCUGGGGCCCAGAGGAAACGGACCUGGAGACCUUCCCCUUCGCACCAGGACAGUACUUUGAGAUGAUCGUUCUGUGCCACCAGCAGCAUUUCAGGGUGGCCGUUAAUGGACUCCACCAAUUCCUUUACAGACACCGAGUCCAGGACCUGAGCACCAUAGGCCACCUGGAGGUGAUAGGAGAUGUCUCGCUGCUUGAAGUCAGGAUGCUCUGAGUUCCACCAUAAUCAGUUCAGGAACAUUAAACGCUUGAACUAAUCAGUUCAGGAACAUUAAAUGUUGAACUAACUUAAUUAACAGCCUGAUACUGAAGACUGGAGUUCUCUCUAAUAUUCUGGUACUAACUAAUUGCAUAAUGCGUUGAUUUCUAUAAUCAAGUGGGAUUAAGGAUUAGUUUACAGUUUGAAAGUAAAAUGGCACUCUUACUGGUUUUUACCAUUGAUAAUUUAAUGUAUAAUCGCUGUCCCUUCUGAGAAGCAGGAAAUGAUUGUUUUUGCACUCUGAGAUGGAAAUAUGUAAGAAAGAUUAUUUUAUUUUCAGUCUGAUAUAAAAAAUAUGAUAAAGUAAUUAUAAAACCGA